UUCUGACCUCAAACUCCAAAAGAAAUCUCCAUUUUCUUAGGAACCAAACAGAAAAACAAUGGCCAGUUCUUCCAUCUCGUUCCUUCAUCUCCUUCUUUUCUUUGUUUAUUUUACCUCUGUAUGCUUGUCUUCUCCAUUAUCAAACCAACCAAAAACCUUCAUAAUUCACACCUCAAAUUCACAUAAACCAACUCUGUUCACCUCUCACCAUGACUGGUACCAUUCAUUCAUCAAUUCUAUCCCUUCUCCUCCUCACCACCAAGCCAAGAUCCUCUACACCUAUAGCCACGCCGUUAACGGGUUCUCCGCUCACCUCACUCCUUCUCAGGCAUCAAUACUACGCGGUAUUCCCGGGAUCAUCUCUGUUAUCCCAGACCAGAUUCGCCAGCUUCACACAACGCAUACUCCUCAUUUCUUAGGCCUUUCUUCUGAUACCGGUCUCUGGCCUAAUUCCGCUUACGGAGAUGACGUAAUCAUCGGUGUUCUUGAUACUGGUAUUUGGCCAGGACAUCCUAGUUUCUCGGACAAUGAUUUCACUCCUGUUCCUGAUCAUUGGAAAGGUGUUUGUGAAACAUCUGCUGAUUUUCCUGUUGGUUCCUGUAAUAAGAAACUUAUUGGCGCUAGAGCUUAUAACAAAGGCUAUCUUGCUUAUCAAGGCAACAACAUCAAUAAAUUGACUGAUUCAAGGUCUCCGAGAGAUACUGAAGGACAUGGAACACACACUGCAUCAACUGCUGGUGGCUCUUCAGUCAGUAACGCGAGCCUUUUCCAUUAUGCACAAGGUGAGGCUCGUGGUAUGGCGUCGAAAGCGAGAAUUGCAGCUUAUAAGAUUUGCUGGAGUUUCGGUUGUUAUGACUCCGACAUUCUUGCUGCUAUGGAUCAAGCAAUUUCAGACGGUGUUCAUAUUAUUUCUUUAUCCGUCGGUGCUAAUGGCUAUGCUCCUCAAUACGAUCAUGAUUCAAUUGCCAUCGGUGCUUUUGGAGCUACACAACAUGGAAUUGUUGUCUCUUGCUCUGCUGGUAACUCUGGUCCAGGUUCUUUUACUGCUGUAAAUAUCGCGCCUUGGAUUCUUACAGUUGGUGCUUCCACCGUUGACAGAGAGUUUCCUGCUGAUGUUGUCCUCGGAGACGGGAGCGUUUUCGGUGGAGUAUCUCUCUAUUUCGGUGAGUCACUUCCUGAUUUUAAGCUUCCAUUAGUAUAUUCGGGUGAUGUUGGAAAUAGGUAUUGUUUAACGGGUAGUUUAAAUCCGUCGAAAGUUCAAGGAAAAAUUGUGGUAUGUGAUCGAGGAUUGAAUGCGAGAGUAGAGAAAGGAAGUGCGGUGAAACUUGCGGGUGGCCUCGGAAUGAUUUUAGCAAAUACGGAUGAUAUUGGUGAGGAGCUUAUUGCUGAUUCUCAUCUUAUACCCGCCACAACGGUUGGAGCAAUUGCUGGAGAUAAAAUUAGAGAGUAUACCAAAUUGAACCAAAAUCCUACUGCAACAAUUGUUUUUCAUGGAACAGUAAUAGGUAGUUCACCUUCAGCUCCUCAAGUUGCAUCCUUUUCGAGCCGCGGUCCAAAUCAUGUAACACCAGAGAUUUUAAAGCCUGAUGUUAUAGCUCCUGGAGUGAACAUUUUAGCUGGUUGGACCGGAGCUUCUGCACCAACAGAUUUAGAGAUUGAUCCUAGGAGAGUUCAAUUUAACAUAAUUUCAGGCACAUCAAUGUCUUGUCCACAUGUUAGUGGAAUUGCAGCUUUGCUUAGAAAGGCUUAUCCGAAUUGGUCUCCUGCUGCUAUAAAAUCAGCUUUAAUGACUACUGCUUAUAACUUGGAUAAUUCUGGAAAAAACAUUGUUGAUCUUGCUACUGGUAAAGAGUCGACACCUUUUGUUCGUGGUGCUGGCCAUGUUGAUCCCAAUAGCGCUCUUGAUCCUGGACUAGUGUAUGACAUUGAAACUAGCGACUAUAUCUCGUUUCUUUGCUCAAUCGGGUAUGAUUCUAAGCGAAUUGCAGUUUUUGUUGGUGAAGCUGCAAGUUCUGAUAUUUGUGACAAGAAGUUGACUAGUCCGGGCAAUCUUAACUAUCCAUCGUUUAGUGUCGUUUUGAAAUCGGACUCUGAUGUGGUUACGUAUAAAAGGGUGGUUAAGAUUGUUGGUAGCUCUCUUGAUGCGGUUUAUAAGGUUAGGGUGAAUGCUCCCGAGAACAUAGACAUUAAGGUCUCGCCGAGUACGCUUGUGUUCAGCCCAGAGAAUCAAAGUUUGUCGUAUGAGAUUACAUUCUCGAGUUCUGCCAGCUUGGGUUGGUCUAGUAUCUCACAGACUUAUGGGUCAAUUGAAUGGAGUGAUGGGAGUCACAUUGUUAGAAGUGCAAUUGCUGUGAAGUGGCAACAAGGUCAAGGAGAGGCUAAGGCUUCCAUUUGAGCUGCAGAUUUCGGGAUUGUUCAGCAUUUUAUAUGGGAAUUGGAAUUGGAAAUUUCUUGAAAUUUGAUUCUGUUAUUAAAUGCAGCUUCCAGAUUUCCAAUCUAUGGAUUGCUUGUUGUAUGCAUGAAUAAGUGUUUGAUCAUGGUUUACUAUUACAUCUCACCAAGGCUCGCUUGUGUUGCAAAUAGAGCAAUUGAUUUAGGAGAUAUUCGAAUUAAAUGUAUUACUAGAAUUAAAAGAAAUAAAAUUUGUUCUUUUUUUCUUA